UGGGGCGGGGCGGGCUCCUCCGCUGAUCGCACGAUGUGACGCGCCGCCGGAGGCAGGCCGGGCCCUCAAGAUGGCGGCGGGCGCCCCGAGCGGCUCGGCCCGGCAGUAGCGGCGGGACGGCACUCGCCGCUGGGGCCGGCCGCCCCGGGAGUGGCUGCAGCAGCGCCAGGAGUCGAGGAUGGUAAAAUGACCCAGGGGAAGAAGAAGAAACGGGCCGCGAACCGCAGUAUCAUGCUGGCCAAGAAGAUCAUCAUUAAGGACGGAGGCACGCCUCAAGGAAUAGGUUCUCCUAGUGUUUAUCAUGCGGUUAUCGUCAUCUUUUUGGAGUUUUUUGCUUGGGGAUUAUUGACAGCACCCACCUUGGUGGUAUUACAUGAAACCUUUCCUAAACAUACAUUUCUGAUGAAUGGCUUAAUUCAAGGAGUAAAGGGUUUGUUGUCAUUCCUCAGUGCCCCACUUAUUGGUGCUCUUUCUGAUGUUUGGGGCCGGAAAUCCUUCUUGCUGCUAACAGUAUUUUUCACGUGUGCCCCAAUUCCUUUAAUGAAGAUCAGCCCAUGGUGGUACUUCGCUGUUAUCUCUGUUUCUGGGGUUUUUGCAGUAACUUUCUCCGUGGUAUUUGCAUAUGUAGCAGAUAUAACCCAAGAACAUGAAAGAAGUAUGGCAUAUGGACUGGUGUCAGCAACAUUUGCCGCAAGUCUGGUAACCAGCCCUGCAAUCGGAGCUUACCUUGGACGAGUAUACGGGGACAGCUUGGUGGUGGUCCUGGCCACAGCAAUAGCGUUGCUAGAUAUUUGUUUUAUCCUUGUUGCUGUGCCAGAGUCGUUGCCUGAGAAGAUGCGGCCAGCAUCGUGGGGAGCACCCAUUUCCUGGGAACAGGCUGACCCCUUUGCGUCCUUAAAAAAAGUGGGCCAAGAUUCCAUAGUGCUGCUAAUCUGCAUUACGGUGUUUCUCUCCUACCUACCGGAGGCAGGCCAAUAUUCCAGCUUCUUUUUAUACCUCAGACAGAUAAUGAAGUUUUCACCAGAAAGUGUUGCAGCAUUUAUAGCAGUCCUUGGCAUUCUUUCCAUUAUUGCACAGACCAUAGUCUUGAGUUUACUUAUGCGGUCAAUCGGAAAUAAGAACACCAUUUUAUUGGGUCUUGGAUUUCAAAUAUUACAGCUGGCAUGGUAUGGCUUUGGUUCAGAACCUUGGAUGAUGUGGGCUGCUGGGGCAGUAGCAGCCAUGUCUAGCAUUACCUUUCCAGCUGUCAGUGCCCUUGUGUCACGAACCGCUGAUGCUGAUCAACAAGGUGUUGUUCAAGGAAUGAUAACAGGAAUUCGAGGACUGUGCAAUGGUCUGGGACCAGCUCUUUAUGGAUUCAUUUUCUACAUAUUCCAUGUGGAACUUAAAGAACUGCCAAUGACAGGAACAGACUUGGGAACCAACACAAGCCCACAGCACCACUUUGAACAGAAUUCGAUCAUCCCUGGCCCCCCCUUCCUCUUUGGAGCCUGUUCCGUACUGCUGGCUCUGCUCGUUGCCUUGUUUAUUCCAGAACAUACCAAUUUAAGCUUGCGGUCCAGCAGCUGGAGAAAGCACUGUGGUGGUCACAGCCAUCCCCAUAGUACACAAGCGCCAGGAGAGGCCAAAGAACCUUUACUCCAGGACACGAACGUGUGAUGACUGAAAUCAGGAAGACUUUUCUACCACACCCAGGUCUUAGUUUUCACCUGUAGUUCUGGAUGUACAUUCCAUUUCCAUCUCAAUGUACUUUAAGAUUGUCUUAAGAAAUGUAUCUGCAUGAACUCGUGGGAACUAAAGAAAGAACCAGAACCGGACAGUUUUCCAAAGAUGUUACAAUUUCUUUUGAAAAGAAACCUUUUGUUUAUUAGCACCAAUUUCUUGCCACUAAGCUUUUUUGUUUUAUUAUACAUCCUUUAAUUAAAAACUAUAUACGUACCUUCUUAGAUACUAGCAACGUCUCUGCUACCAUUUCCUUCAGGUGUUGAGCUUUAACUCUAUGCUGACUCACAGUGAGACAGAGUAGGUAGUACGGUUAUGGACCUGUUAGUUUUAACAUUGUAAAAUCUUGGGUCAAAUAAUUCAAAGCCUUAAUGCAGAUGCACUAAAGUAAAGAAAUGGUAAAUGAACUGUUUGCAUUUAAAAAAAAAAAAACUUAAGAAAAUUGUACUAAAUCUGAAUCAUGUUUUAAGCUUGUUUGUAGUAAUUUUAUUUUAAAAACAUUCACCACUGUUUUUGAAAUGAGAAAGUAUCAGCCAUUUAGAAUUUAAAUUGGGGUAGAGUCUGUAAAUCUAAACACUGGCUCGAAUUUGUUUCCCCAGCUACUUCUACCACUAUUCUUUUAAUGUUUGCAUAAUCAUAAGAACCUCAACACUUGAAUACAUAAUCUAAAAUUAUAUAGUAAAGCUGGUAGCCUUGAAAAUGUCAAUGUGAUAUCUGUAUGUAGAUAAAUAUAUAUAGUGGCCUUUCAGGACUGUCACAGUAACACUUUAUUUACAGAGCUAAUGUUUGUCCUAAAUUUUCAGGACCCUAGAAGAGAGCUUUAUACAAUUCCUGAUGUGAAUUUCUCUAAAGUGUAUAUUUUUGUGUCCAGUUAUAUUAUUUAAAAAAGUGUUACUUUGUAAAAAUUGUACAUAAAGUAUUGUAUAGUUUACACUGUUUUCAUCUUGUGUGUGGUUAUUGCGCAAUGCUUUUUAAACUUGGAACAUUCACUAUGGUUAAAUAAGGUCUUAAACGAAAUGUAAAUAUUCUGUUAAUAAAAUUAAAUAUUUUAAUGA